GGAAGGCAAAGGGAAAAGAAACAGCACAACGCCUUUGGGCUGCAGGGAGGCGCAGCCCCUGAGACGAGCUGCCCGUCUGUGUGAGGAGGAUGAGUGCCACAUCAGCCACGAGCUGUGUCUUGCCACCGACACUUGGGCCUGAGCAAGAGGAGCAAGAGAGCUCGGAGACACAUAUGUCUGUUCUGUGGUAUGCAGGGCAGCUUGCAAUUACUUACUAUGAUACAGAAGACUGCUCAGUCUACUUCAUGCCUGACAUACCUGAUAGUGAAGACCUCAAGCUACUGCAAAAAGUGAUUGGGGAACUUAACCCUCAAUGCAUAGUGACCAGUGCAAAACAGGACCAGAAUAUUGCUAAAUUCCUGACCAACCUAACAGCUACUGCGGGUGAUAAAGACAUAGGAAAACCAGAAGUUGUCUUGUUUCCCAACAUAGAUUUUGGUCUAGAAGUCAGCAAGCAACGGAUCCUGUCUAGGCAAUUUCCAUUUAUUCCAUCUCAUAUGACUGCCACAGAGAAAAUUCUCUAUUUGUCCUCAAUCAUCCCUUUUGAGAGUCCACUCAUGAUACGAACCUUAGGGGGGCUUCUUAAGUUUCUAGACAGAAGAAGGGUUGGAGUUGAACUCGAAGACAGCAGUAUAGCAGUUCCUAUUUUGGCUUUUAAAAAAUUUGUGCUGUCAGAUACUGUGAAUAUGGACCAAGACACUUACUGUGUCCUUCAGAUAUUUAAAAGUGAUAUCCAUCCUUCUGUGUACAAGCUAUCCAGUGGACUAAAAGAAGGAUUUAGCUUAUUUGGAAUUUUAAACCGUUGCAGAUGCAAAUGGGGAGAAAAACUGCUGAGGUUGUGGCUCACACGACCUACCCGGAACCUGACAGAGCUGAACAAACGGCUGGAUGUUAUCAACUUCUUCCUGCUAGCUCAGAACCAUGAAACAGUCCUCACUCUUCAAAACUGCCUCAAGAAUAUUAAAAAUGUGCCUCUUAUUUUAAAGAGAAUGACUCUUUCCAACACAAAAGUUAGUGACUGGCAAGCACUGUAUAAGACAGCGUACAAUGCAGUGUGCCUUAGAGACACGUGUCGUUCUCUGCCCAACACUAUUGAACUUUUUCAGACUAUUUCACAUGUCUUCACUGAUGACCUGCACUACAUUGCUAACCUGAUCAGCAAAGUGGUAGACUUUGAAGGCAGCCUCUCCGAGAACCGCUUCACUGUUAGAGCCAAUGUAGAUGCCACGAUUGAUGAGAAGAAACGAAAGCUGAUGGGACUGUCAGACUUCCUUACAGAAGUGGCACGAAAAGAACUGGAGACUUUGGACAAUCAAAUUCCCUCCUGUGCUGUCAUCUACAUUCCUUUGAUUGGGUUCCUCCUCUCCAUUCCACGCCUGCCAAAUAUGGUGGAUAAGACUGACUUCGAAAUUGAAGGCUUGGACUUCAUGUUCUUGUCAGAGGAUAAACUGCACUACAGAAGUGCCCGGACCAAGGAGCUAGACAGCCUGCUGGGUGACUUGCACUGUGAGAUCAGAGACCAGGAAACACUCAUCAUGCACCAGCUGCAGACAAGGAUCCUGGAGAAGUCUGAAGUACUUAACAGCGUGAUUGAGUACACUGCACACCUGGAUGUGCUGCUAGCCUUGGCAGCGACGGCCCGGGAGAACGGCUAUUGCCGGCCCCGCUUCACUCACCGCCACGGCUUCCACAUCAAGGACGGGAGACAUCCCCUCAUGGAACUAUGUGCAAAGACUUUCGUGGCCAAUCCUGUGGACAGCGGUGAGGCUACCAGACGAAUAAAGAUCAUCACAGGGCCCAACUCCUCUGGAAAGAGUGUUUACUUAAAGCAGGUAGGUCUUAUAGUGUACAUGGCUCUCAUCGGCAGUUACGUCCCUGCAGCAGAGGCAGAGAUUGGAGUAAUUGAUGGGAUUUACACAAGAAUCCACAGCAGGGAAUCAGUUUCUGUAGGGCUCUCCACAUUCAUGAUUGAUCUUAACCAGGUUGCCAAGGCUGUAAACAAUGCCACAGAGAGGUCCCUGGUACUUAUUGAUGAGUUUGGUAAAGGCACCAAUACAUUGGAUGGCCUGUCCCUUCUGGCUGCUGUCCUGAGGUGCUGGAUCAGACAAGGAACACAGUGUCCACAGGUCUUUGUCUCCACUAAUUUUCACAGUUUAAUGCAGCUAGAACUCCUGCCUGACACACCUCUUCUGGAGUACCUGACCAUGGAGACCCAUCAGGAUGGAGAGGAGUUGAUAUUUUUCUACCAGAUCAAACAGGGCAUGUCCACCAUUAGUCAUGCUGCCAAUAUUGCUGCAUUAGCAGGAAUGCCAGCCAAAAUCAUUGAAAGAGGAGUGGAAGUAUCAGAACUGAUUCGCAAUGGAAAACCAAUCAAACGUCUUGAUCAUCCUUCAAAAUGUGAUAGGAUGGAAAAAUGCAAGUCUGUUGUGGAAAAGUUUCUUUCCAUAGACCUUGACGAUCCCCAGGUGGACUUGGAAGAGUUCAUGUCUAAAGAGAUCUUGCCUUCUGCAGCCUCAGUCCUGUAGCAAGGCUUUGUGCAAAUACAUAGACUGCACCCUAUCUACCAUGGAGAGUCUGGGACUUUAAAAAAUUAUCACUAUGACAUGACACCUCACAGGACAUUUAGCUUGUAACAAAACUGUAGUUAUGUCCUUUCUUCUUCUUCUUGUUUAAACCAAGUACUUACAUAUCCCUGCAAUAUGGUGCCUCACGUGAGUCUAUGAAUAGGAAGAAUUUUAAGAACCUUUUACAGCUGUUGGGUCACUCAGUUUGUCAAUUUUCUGUCCCUGUUGCUGGAACUUCAGAUUAAAAAAAUAUACUGCAGAAAAAUCACAACACAUUUCUACUGGACUUAGAAGACUAUGAAAGGAACGUGUUUAUUGUUUCAUAUUGUGCCAAAGUGAUGGUUUCAGCCAUUUUAGGAUCAGCAUAAAAGAUUCCAAAUAAAUAUGUGGCUCAGACUCUUGUGCCAACAAUUAACACUUGUCACAAUACAAACCACUGACAUAGAGGCAAUGCAGAGGGAUUUAAUGGCUCUGUGGCUUUUCUUAAACCAGCUUUUCUGUCCAAAUGCCAGAGAUCCCAGAGGUUAGUUAUAAAAAGAAUGCUGGUGGGUCAGAUUCAGUGGGGACUGAUAAAUAGAAGUACCUUAGUUUUACUGAGAACUGUUCUCUUCUUUAAGGUUCUGUAUGAUACAGUUGUAUCAUGCAUAUUACGUGACUAUGCCUCAUGGGUAUAAGUGCAAAAAUACAAAUCUAGGAAUUUAGGAGAAAAAUUCACAUUUUCUGUUCCAUUUUCUAUUAUUAACAUUUGAGGAUUAAUACCACAAAGGGAGGAUUCCCUUUCACUUCUCUUGUCAUGUAAAGGAUCUUUACUGAACACAUUAUUUUAUGUAUACAUAUGCAAGAAAAAAUAGGAGCACACUAUACCUCCUGUUUUUAGGGAAGUGUUCAGUGGCACAUCUAAUCUGAGAAAUAUCCGACUAUGCAUGAAGAACAAGUUGGUCCCACUUCUGAGUAGGUAAAUAAGUCCUUUAAUUUGAGAAGCUGAAGGGGAUACAGUUAACCAGAUAGUUCUUUCCUAAUCGACUUUAUUUCACACUUCCAUCCUUUAUUAAUAUCUGUUUCCAAGUUUUUUAGAUUUACCAUUGUUAGCUUAACGAUAUGCCUUCAAAGUGAAAACCUGAUUGCUUGAGAUCGUUACUAGUUCUGAAUUCUCAAACUCUGCUUUGUAAAUACAAUUUUUAACUCUGGAAAAGUUAAAAUCUCUACAGAAUAUAUACAUUUCAAAAUUACUACAGUUAUAUUAAGGUUUAAAAACCAGAUUUUUUCCCCCCAAAAUAAAACUUUGGUGGAAUUUGGAUGUCAAUGAGAGGAGGGCGACUUAACAGAAUAUUGUUUCAAAUAAGGAAGCUUACAUUUAAAAAAUAAAUUAAUACAGUUAUAUAAAGCUACGGCUGAGAACUAUACUCAACCACUUCAGUACUAUUUGCUCUUUUAUAAGCUUGCUCAUGUAACCUUCAUCCACUUCCCUUUUCUUGCUUUUCAUAUUGUUGCAAGAUCUGAAAAUGCAAUUAGACAUCGUAUUAAAA